UGAAGCUCCUUCCAAUCUAUCAUAAUCCUUCUCAAGGUCUAUUUUGAGGUUCAUGAAGCCCACAUUCCCUUUCUUUCCACUCAUAGUAUGAAGAAUUUCCUGAGCUAUGAUGACAUUGUCCAUACCUUUUAUACCCGAAACAAAAGCAACUUGCAUUGAGGAGAUAAGAUUGGAUAGAAAGGGUCUGAGUCAAGCAACUAUAAUCUUCGUGAUGAUCUUAUACACUGUGUUGCACAAACUUAUUGGGCGCAAGCUGCCAAUUCCAUCAGCUCCUGUAUGCUUGGGAGUAAGUGUAAUGAGAUUUUUAUUUAUGUGCUUCGGGACCUUAUCAUUAUUAAAGGCCCCUUUUACCAUAUUUGUCACUGUUUCUCCAACCAACAGCCAAAAACAACUGGAAAAAGCCAAGAUGUGGCCCAUCAGGUCCUUGUGCCAAAAAAGGUUUUAGGGACCACAACGCUUCUUUAACUUCUAAACUUCAAUUUUACCAAAUAACGAGUAUGUUUGCUGAUUGUUCAAAAUUGAAAUUCAAGUCAAGCACACAACUGUUCGAUGAAAUGCUUCUUCAAGAUAUUGAACCUAUUUGCUUGGAUGACCUAUGCUACUCAUCGAGCCAAUUGUUAAGGGAUGCAACAAACACAUGGGAAGUGAAUGCUUCUGUUAAACCACCUAAUGUACUUUUCAGUAGUUUCCUUGGCAGUAUAGCACAUGAUCAGAUGUUGAAGGCCAUUUCUUCAGUCAAUAUUUUGGGGAAAAUUGGGCAAUUUCUUGAGAUUAUGGUAGUGCUUUGGUCAAAUUGGUCCGCAUCUGCCCUCAUCAUCCAAUGCGGGGGUAAGGGUGGGGCUAUAGUUUAA